AUGGGUAUGUGCUGCGAUGAAUGUCCCCUCCGCGAUCGCCAUGAUACGGACAACACAUAUGCCCCGACCCGGUCGAGCGCAGCGCCGCGUACGCCGCAUACGCUCUCGCCGGGACAUCCCACUGCGGGUGCCGCGUGGCUCUUGUUGCCGACGCAUACGAUGCCUGCAAAGGCCCAGCGGCGUGGUGUUGAUAUACCAGGGGUCCUCGUGCUCACCUCGGGCUUGAUCCUGUUCGUAUACGCCAUAUCAGAUCGCGCAGAAUCUGGUAUGUCCUCUCUCUCUCUCCUAUCAUUUCAUUCGCUGGAGAACCGACCCUACCCUACCCAAGGCUGGGGAUCGCCGCAAGUCGUGACGACACUGCUCCUCUCCGUCGUUGUGUUCGUCGUUGUUCUUCGCCAUCGAGCGGAUCGUGAAAAGCCCGGCAUGGCCGCCCAAGACGUAGACGAACAGGAACUUCACGCCGCUGUUCUUCCAUGCCUGGAGUCCCCAUUGGUGGUGCCUCGGCUCUCGGCUCUCAACUCCAGCUUGUCAACGUCCUCAUGCCCCGCCCUCAUGGCUCUGGGCGCCGUACUCUUCGCGGUGGCCGGCGGGGCGAGGGCGGAGGCGCGGUACUGGUCGUAUAUCUUCUCCGGGAUGGCUGUCAGCGUGUUUGGACUCGCGGGCGCGUACGUGGGGUGCACGGCGAUGGUCAUGGGCGGGGCGCGCAAGGGGAGGAGGGCGGCGUCGGCGCCGUGA